CCUACACUUCCUAUAAUAUGUGAUAAUCUCAAGCUUUCUUGUCCAUCUUCCGAAGAGAAACUUUCUUAGACUAAUGGGGUUGUUCAAAAGUGAGAGUGUAGUUUACAAGCCUGUGAAUGAAGUCAAUUUAGGCCCAGAUAGCAGUGAAUUCUAUCUCCAAGCCAAUGUCAAAGCCCCGCGCAUGACUGGGAUUUUGGUCAAGAUUUUCACUUGGUUCUUGGAAUCAAGAAUAUUUGGAGGCUUGCUUUUGUAUAUAUUGAAGGGAAACAAUCUUAUUCACAAGCUUAUUACAAAUGCAGAACUGGAAGAGCCACCCCUCUAUGUUCCCUUACAUCAUUUUGAAGACCACAAAGAAAAAGAAGUCAAAUGCUUAGAUUCUGCUUUGACUCCACCAGAGAAAAUUCAUCUUGCAAUAGAUUGCUUACCUACAUCUUCAGAAACAGCACAUAAUGGAACAAGACCUUCAUUUUGUCGCUGGACCAUAAUGGACUAUUCCAGAGCCUACAGCUCAGGAGAUAUAACACCAAACCUGGUUGCUGAAAGAUUUAUAGCUGCUGUUGAUGAAUCUUCAAAACCUUCACUCCAAAUGGGAUUCUUCAUUAACUACACUGCUGAGGAUAUACUAAGACAAGCACAUGAAUCAACUCUUCGGCAUCAGAGAGAUACUCAUUUGGUGCAUGUUGUGUUUGAAGGGGAACCUAUAUCAGUACUAGAUGGAGUUCUUGUUGCUAUCAAGGAUGAAAUAGAUUGUUUACCAUAUCCAACUACAGGAGGUACAAAGUGGCUCCACGACCAAAGGCCUUGUACAGAUGAUGCUUGCUGCGUUAAGCGUCUAAGAUUAUGUGGUGCCAUACUUGUUGGGAAGACUAACAUGCAUGAACUCGGGGCCGGAACUAGCGGCAUCAACCCACAUUAUGGGGCUGCUAGAAACCCAUAUGAUACCAAUAGGAUUGCAGGAGGUUCUUCAAGUGGAUCUGCUGCUGUGGUGUCUGCAGGGUUGUGUCCUGUAGCUCUUGGUGUUGAUGGGGGAGGCUCAGUGAGGAUGCCUGCAGCUCUUUGUGGUGUCGUUGGUCUGAAACCAACUUUUAAUCGUGUACCUCAUUCUGGAGUUCUUCCUCUAAACUGGACCGUUGGGAUGGUGGGAAUACUGGCAGACACUGUUGAGGAUGCAUUGAUCACUUAUGCAGCUAUCAGUGGUGAAAUUCCAUCCCAUCAACCCUCUAGUGUGCAUACCAAGAUAAAUCUUCCCUUGCUUCCAUUGACAAAGUCCAUAUCUGACAUCAGGUUAGCAAAAUAUGGGAAGUGGUUUGAUGACUGCAGUGAUGAGGUCAGAACAUGCUGUUCCCAUGCUUUGAGCAAGCUCCAGCACCAUUAUGGUUGGAAGACUGUAGAUGUCACUAUACCAGAAAUAGAAGUGAUGCGGCUGGCACAUUAUAUAACAAUUGCAUCAGAGUGUUAUACUUCACUUGACUCUUUUCGAGAUAAACAUCUUGCAGAAUCUGGAUGGGAUGUAAGGGUAGGACUUAACAUCUAUGGUGCUUUCAGCAGCAUGGAGUAUAUUAAAGCUCAGAAAAUUAGGAAUCGCCAGUUACAGUUUCACAACAAAAUAUUUGCUGAGGCAGAUGUCAUAGUGUCACCAACAACAGGUGUGACUGCAUACCCAAUUCAAGAUGAUGCACAGAAGACUGGUGAACUAGAUUAUGUCAAUGGAGCUGCACUUAUUCGGUAUUCCAUAUCAGGAAACUUCCUAGGACUUCCUGCGGUGACUGUUCCGGUUGGAUAUGAUAAAAUGGGUUUGCCAAUUGGUCUCCAGUUUAUAGGAAGGCCUUGGGCUGAAGCAACACUGCUCCACUUGGCAUUUGCAAUGCAGGCCAUUUGCUUGACAGAAUACAGAAAGCCAGUAAUAUUUUAUGAUCUGCUAAGAAAAGAUUAAAAAGACUCAGAUAUAUGAUGAGAAGGAAGCAUGCAGCAGGAGUAGCAUUUCUUUUUUUUCAAGAAAAAACAAAGCUAUGUUGUCUUGUUUGAUCUUAAUAUUGGGAAUCCUCUUCUUUAUUUACUUUUUUCUUGUUUCUCUUAUUAUUUGUUA